AUGUUGAAGGCUGGCGCUGGGCCAAUUACGUCACUAGGGCAUCCAACAUGGCGUCCAACAGCCGGCUGCAGGAGGAAGACUGAGGAAGAAGAGGAGGGGAGAAGGAGCAAGCGGCAGCAGGACGCCGAAUGUCCCCUUGGUCCUCGUCGGACGCCAAAAUACACCCGCAGAGAGGAAGACCCAGUCCAACCAGGGUCCUACCAAGAGGUGGAAAUGUCAGCCCAAGGGGAUCUCACCUGUCUCAUUUCGAGGCCCACCCCGCUAACGAAAUCUCCGUUUGAGCUCAUGCCUCCGCCCGCCACAGUGGGCUUCCUCAAGUUGUCUCGUCCAUGCUGCUACGCCUUCCCCGCAGGCCAUGGUGACUGUUCCUUCUUCGCCGUCAACGGUUUCACAGUUUUGGUGGAUGGCGGUUCAGAUCCACGGGCUUGCUUCUGGAAAUUGGUACGCCACCUGGACCGUGUGGACGCCCUACUGCUCACCCACGCCGGUGUAGACAACCUGAGCGGCAUCAACAGUUUCCUGGAGAGAAAGGCCGCCGAGACGGAGCUGCGCACACUGAAGGACGAUGGGUCCGGGAGGCUUAUCUCCCCUGAGCUCGGGGUGGUCUUCUUUAACGCUCCAGAUUGGUUAAAAUCAUGUCAAGUGAUUUUGCACUUCCCUGUUUUGUCAGGUGUGGACAAUGUACUGAAGAGUACAGAUCAGGCAGCACUAACUGUACAGUUAUUAAAGAAAUUAGACAUCCAACCCCACCCCAUGUUUCGACCACCAGUGGACCCCCCCGAGCCCAUCACUCUGUUCCAAAAGAUGGGUGUGGGUCAGCUGGACUUGUACAUCCUCAGCCCAGUCAAAAACAGCCAGGAUUACCAGACGUUCAUGCGGGACUGGCCCAAUGCUGCGUCCCCUGAAAAGCUUGCCCUUGCCACCCUCGCCUCAGCGUCUGCCCUUCUCGUGUGGCACCCGGCGUGCCCCCAAGAGAAAGUAGUCCGAGUCCUGUUCCCUGGCGUCACUCCGCAAGCCAAGCUGCUGCAAGGCCUGGAGAAGCUCAAGGGCUUGGCUUUCCUGCAGAAACCCACAGUGACCACCGGCGACCUGGAGAGGAUUGGAGACGACGGGAAGAGCAAAAGAGCAACGAGCCAGGACAGUGUCCACUCUCAAAAUGCAUCCAAGAAAGCUAAUGAAAAGGAGGUAAAAAAGAAUAGAAAGCAGAGUGGUAAGGAAGAAACUGUCAUCUUAAAGAACGGCAUUGGGAAGAAGGAGUCCCCCUUAUCCAGACCGAAGAAUGACAACAAAACUAAGCUAAAAAAAGAUGCUAAAAAUGACUCUAAAACAGAGUUUAAAAAGACAAAAAAAUCACCUGGAAAGGACAACAAGAAAGUAGAUGUCAAGAAUGAUACAGUAAGAACAGACAAUGAGGCUACACUAGAAGUUUCAAAACCAGAGGAGAACCAUCCUCCCCAUGCCUCCAAAACAACUACCCCCGAGGAUAUGACAUCUAUCAGACAACUUCGGGAGGAAACGGAACAAGGAGAAGGAAAUAUUGCAGAUGAGGGGAAAAGGACAGGUAGUGACUUGGCAAAGAAGGAAGGUGUAGCUCAGCUCGGAGUUGCUAAGAAACCUGCAAAAGUGGUUGGAUUCCCGUCCCCAUUGAAGCAGUCCACGAAGAAUGAGCCAAGUAUUGAUAUGGACUUGACCCCAACUGAGUACACUCUCCUGGAUGGGGCUUUGAGAGCUAGUCCACCCUCGAGGUCAUCCCCGGAUAACCAGGCCACUUCAGAGGAGAGGACCAUAGAGCAGAACUCCUCAGAUUCCAGGCCCAACAGCGCUGGCCACACUCCUUACUGUCUGUCUCCAGAUGACGUGUGGUGCAACAGAGACACCCUCAGCAGACUGCGGGCCCAAGAAGCGGCAGAAGUUUUUCCAUCCAGGCCGGCCCAACACAACACCAGAGAGAAGCACCUUACUUUCCUCUCUCUGGGCCCCUUGAAGGAUGGAUCCUCCGACCUGUCCCCCUCCGUGGCCAACACUACCACCUCCACCCACUCCAUGCCGGCAGAGGUGAGCUCUCCUCAGUCGACUGAAGUGGACGAGUCACUGUCCAUGUCCCUGGAGCACGGCCCUGCAUCGGGGACUCAGAGGGAAGUGGACGACGCGGUGCAUCAUGCCAAUGGAGGCAAUUUUGCCGGGAUAAAAAGGCCUUUUAGGUCAUCGGCAUCUGAAACGGGUCGACCUCCAGUUCCCGGCGCCCUGCACUUUGAGCCGCCGGCUCAUGAUGUGGACCUGUGUCUGGUUUCCCCUUGCGAGUUCAAGCAUUUCAAGCAGCCGGACUAUGGCUCGGGUGACCACAACGGCGUGACACCCAGCGAGUCAAAUGCCCCCAUCUGCACCGAGGAGUGCCCGUCCACCACAGCCGAUGGUGUCCUGGACUCAGAUGAGGACGGGUCGUAUGGGGUUCCGUCAAACCUCCGGGGCAGUCGUGCUCUUCCACGGGACCCGCUUCCUGCUCGGAUCAGGGAUAGCCCACCUCUGUCUCCGCGCCCCGACACCACCAUGCCCGUCCCGCAGUCUGACGUUGGUGCUCGUGAAAAGAAAAGAAAAACGAGUGGUGUGGGAAAGAAAACAUCUGGGGUGACUGCCGUCCCCCCGAAACCGAGCCCGGGCAAAACUCGGACAGGAAACGUAAUCACAAAAACUACAAAGGACGUGUCGUCGUCACGAACACCCAACACUCGUUCGCCGAAACCUGCAUCCUCGCAGUCUCGCCGUCCCUCCUCUGCAGAAGAAACAAACGUAUUUGUGGACCUGGCUUACGUUCCCUCUGGAGCAUCUUCGUCCACUGUGGGUGUGGACUUCUUCAAGAGCGUCCGCUCUUCAUGCUAUGUCGUUAGCGGCGACUGCCCCGAGAGGGAAAAGCUCAUGCGACAAACACUUGACGCACUUCUCCAAGCCAAGGCGAGCUGGGAGCACACAGUGACACUCAUCCCCACCUUUGAGUCAGCGUCCAUGCAAGACUGGUACCAAGAGACCGUGGAGCGUCACAGGGAGUUGGGUGUGCUGGUCCUGGGUUCCAACAGCACCGUGGCCAUGCAGGACGACACUUUCCCGGCCUGCAAGAUUGAGUUCUGA